AUGUUCUGCUCGAUCUCGGGCACGACGCCCGAGGACCCGGUCAUCUCCUCGAAGACUGGGCACCUCUACGAGCGGUCCCUCAUCACCAAGGCUCUCCAGGAGACCGGCGAGUGCCCGGUGACCAAGACCCCGAUGACCCUCGAGGACUUGCUCCCCGUCAAGUCGAGCACGACGGUUAAACCCCGAACCACCGCCGCCGCGUCCAUCCCCGGGCUCCUCUCCAUCUUCCACAACGAGUGGGACGCGCUCAUGCUCGAGACGCACGAACUCCGCGUCGACCUUCACGGCACCAGGCAGGAACUCUCGCACGCGCUGUACCAGCACGACGCCGCGUGCCGCGUCAUCUCCAGGCUCAUGAAGGAGCGCGACGAGGCGCGCGAGGCCCUCGCGAACGCGCGCGCGGCUGGUCCCUCCGCCGCCCCCGGCAAGCGAGCCAUGUCAUCUGACGCCAUGGACGUCGACGGCGACGCGCCCGGCGGCGACGGCAAGAAGCAAAGAAGCGGCGUCCCGCCCGAGGCGAUCGACGCGAUGACCGCCAAGAGCAAGGAACUGAGCAAGGCGCGUAAGAAGCGCGAGAUCUCUCCCACCCUCGCCUCCGCCGAAGACAUCGGCAAGAUGGAGGUUGGCGCCAUCGCGCCGUGCCACGCGACCAAGGCGAAGGGCAUCCGCGCCGUUUGCGUCAACCCCUUGAACGCCGACGAGGUGGCGACGGGCGGCGCCGACGGAUCGCUCGCGCUCUUCGACGCCGCCAAGGGCAAGCGCGGCGCCCUCAUGACCGGUCACAAGAAGGCCGUGACCGACGUCGCCUACGCCGGCGACGCCAUCCUCACGUCAUCCGCGGACAAGACGGUCAAGAUUUGGCGCGGCGGCGCCGAGGUCGCCGCGCUCGCGGGGGUCCACGAGGGCGAGGUCGUCGCCGUCAGCGCGCACCCCACGAACGCGUACGCGGUGUCCAUCGGCGGCGACGGCGCGUGGGCGUUCGUGGACGUCGGCGCGGCGGAGUGCCUCAGCGUUCAGCGCGACGCGGAUUCCGAGUACACGUGCGGCGGCUUUCACCCCGACGGUCUCAUCUUGGGCACGGGCGCCGCCGACUCGAGCGUCAAGAUCUGGGACGUCAAGACCUCCAAGGUGGCCGCCAAGGUGGAGGGCCACGUCGGUGCGGUGAGCGCCAUGUCGUUCUCCGAGAAUGGGUACUACCUCGCGACGUGCGCGAACGACGGCGUGAAGCUCUGGGACUUGAGGAAGCUGAAGAACUUUAAGAGCGUCGAGGCGGCGGGCGUGCGGUGCGUGCGGUUCGACCACAGCGGUCACUACCUGGCCGUGGGCGGCGCCGACGCGUGCGUGCACAACGUCAAGGCGGAGUGGGAGGUGGUGAAGAGGUGGGAGGCGAGCAAGGCGCCGGUGAACGCUCUGGAGUUUGCGGCGGAUGCCAAGGCGCUCUACGCGGGCUGCAGCGACCACAACCUCAGGGUCAUUGCGUGAGUGCGCACUCGGCGACGUGGGGGAAGGGGAUCGGUCCUUCCGAGGUACAUGUUUUAUUAACGGAGUUCACUCGAAAUCU